AAACCUGGAGGGGCAGCCAAAAAUGUCAACUUGUUCAAUAAAAGACUCUAAGCCUGGAGUCUCAAAGAAUACUGUGUUUAGAAAGCCUGCAAAAGUGAUUUUCAAUUUAGAUCAAACUACACAAGAUUCAAAGCUAGAACAACCAUGGAAAAAAAAUCUUUUCGAAAGAGUGCAGGCAAGAGCCCAGGCAAUGCAGCAGAAAAUCAUAGAUAAGGAAAAUCUGAAGAAGGAACUAGAAAAAAAGACUGAAGAAAAACUCCCCAAGGAUAAUUUGGCCAAAGAGUGGUUUAAUACCGAAACCAUGACACUGAACACUCGUGCAUACUUGCUCGAUAAACUUCUACCCACCUUAGUUCCUGGAAUGGAAAAAAUGUUAAUGCAAGUGGAAAAGAAAAAGCUUUUGACAGAAGCUGAUAUUCCAACCAAGUUUGAUCCAAUUAACCAUUUGGGGGAAUACUUAAUGAGAAACAAUCCUAAUUAUAUCAAAGAUGUAGAACUCUCUGGUUACCAGAGAGUGAUGAGAGAUGUCACAGAAGACCUGAAGAUGUAUGUUCCAAAUACUAUCUACAACAGAGUAUCCAAGAUGAAGGAGAAUAUUAAACAGAAACGAGAACAAAGAGAAUCCAUAAAUGAAGUCAAAGUCAAGGUGGCCAACACACGGAAACAUGCUCUGCUGGAGCAGUUCAAUGAAUGGAUUCUAGACCCCAAAGGAAUGAUUCCUAUGAUAGUGAUUCAGAAUGCUCUUCAUGAAUUUUUCCAAAAUCCAGAUUUCCAGCUUGAAACAUGCUGCCAACAAUUGGAUAUUGCUAACUCAAUGGAGCCAAGAUUGAACAAAAUGGAAUUUAUAGAGCUCAUCUCUUCAUACAUUACAGACUUUAAAAGUGAAAUGUUUGAGGGACUCCUUAAGCACCUUUGCCACUGCGCGGAUGAAUUUAGGGCAGUCAUAAAAGCUGACAUGCGGAGACAGAUGUUUGCUGAACUCUUCCUGUAUUGUGACCAUGGAAAGGUAGGGUUUUUGGAUCGGCAGAGGACAUUGGCCUUGCUGGAAACAUUCUAUGACCAAAGUUCAAAAGUGCUCAGAGGUGUACUCCGAAACCCAAGACAAUGGCCAUUUGUUGAAUUUGGAGAGCAAGACUUGCCUGAGUUCUGGGGAGAUAUGGAUAAUCAGAAACACAUUUAUGAAGACUUCGACAAAGUGCUCUUAAAGAUGAAUACAUUACUUUCUGAAAAGCAAGCUAGCAAAACCAAAAGCAAAUUAUUAGCAAGUCCAGAAGAUCAAUAUAAACAUGAUGAACAUAGAAAAUCAACGCGACCACAAAGCCCACCAGAACAGCAGAGAGGAACAACUGAAGAACAAGAACCAAACAGAAUUUCAACCAAAGAACUAGAACAAGACAGAGAGUCAACUGGAGAACAAGAACUGUAUGAAGAAUCAGUAGCAGAACGAGGAGGCUACACAGGGCCAACUACAGAACAAGGAUCAAGUAGAGAGUUAAUAAUAGAACAAAGACCAUAUAGUGAGCCAAUAACAAAUCAAGGAGUACCGCAGGGAAUCCACACUGAAUCAACUGCAGAACAGGCACUUUACAGAGAAUCAAUAAUAGCACAAGGAGAACAUGAAGAGUCAACAGCAGGACAAGGAUCAUACAGAGGUUCACCCAAGAAACAAGGACCACACAGACAGUCAUCUGCAGAACAGGGAUCACACAGAGGGUCAACUGCAGAAGAAGGAUCACACGGAGAGUCGGUAUUAGAACCACGCAGGGGCUCAGUUCUGGAAGAGGGAGCACGCAGAGAGUCAGUAGUGGAACAAGGACCACGCAGAGGGUCAAUUCUGGAAGAGGCACCACGCAGAGAGUCAGGAGUAGAACAGGGAACACAGGGAGGGUCAUUUCUGGAAGAGGCACCACGCAGAGAGUCAGGAGUAGAACAAGGACCACAUGGAGGGUCAACUGCAGAACAACCACCACCUACAGAGACAAUUCCAGAAAAACAAAAGGACAAAGACUUAACUUCACAAUCAAGAAAAGGUAGUAUCUUAAGAGAAAGUAAAAAAUCUAGGGAGGUUAUUUCUUCUGAGUACAGUGAAAUCCCUCCACAGGAAGAAAGGACUCUGGAGGAAAUAUAUGAAGAGCAGCUAUUCAUAAGUUCUGAGCUGCAAGAGAAGAUUUCAGUAUCACACAGAAAAAGUCAUCUUUCAGAAACUGCAAAAAAGGAAGUUCAGAAAGACAAAUCCUGUGAACACAAGUCCCAAAAAAUAGAAGGAAAGUCAUGGUCAGGUGAACUUUUGACUUGUAACUGGAACACAAAGUAUGCCAGAUGUGAAGAUGAGGAACAGGCAAACUCAAUCUAUGGUAACUCCAGGUUCACAGACCUACACUCAAUUAUCAGAAAUAUUCAGUCUUACACAGAAUUAAAAGGUAGGAGUGCCUUCAAUGGAGUUUCCUUCAAUCUGCUCCAGUUUGUGCAACUCCUGGAGACAUUCGUUGGUGAAGACUCCCCCUUGAGUGUCAGCGAGGCCCUUACCUCUUUUUUUAAGAGGGGCUUUGUUGAAACAAAAGAAGAGAAAAUGAGUGGCUUAGAAGAGGCUAAACAAAAUGCGUCCCAAGUCCGACGGAGACUUCUCCUAAAAGCCCUCUUUCAGAAGUGGGACAGUGAUGGCUCAGGCUUCCUGGAUCUGAAGGAAAUUGAUGAACUUUUGUACACAUACAAGGAGGGAAUGGAAAAAGAAUCCAUGAAGAAAGCUAAACUACACAUCCAAUUUCCAAAGCCACACCCUGAUCAUGAAGUGAGGCUGUCUUCAAAACAGUUUCAGAAAUACAUAGAAUUGGUUGUAUCUGAACUCAGGGGCAAUGAAGAUCACGUUCUGGAAAACGUUGUGGAGUUUCUGAUGAGUGCUUUAGAAAGGAGCCAUGUGGAGAGUUUGAGGAAUUGUGCCAGACAGAAAUGGCUACACCAAAUCCAACGAGCUGCAGAGACAAGUGGAGUAUCCUUGGAUCCAGUGUAUACUGAGACCUUUAAGGCCCUCACCCAGGAUUCUAAAGCCCAUGGAAACAAGAAGAUCAGUGCUCACAUUUCCCUCUUAGAAGAAAACCUACUACUGCCUGAUAGAGGGAAUGUUCUAUUGAGGAAUGUAGCUUGUACUUUAGACGAUGCUCCAUUUGUACUGAACAGAGUGCUUUAUAGAGACAUGAAGGGGAUCAGCUUUACAGUAGUGGAUGAAGGGAAGCCAAUACACGUCCCCCAGGUUCAACACCAUGGGAACAUCUACUUCUGGAACUAUUCCCGCAAGAAGAAUGAUCAAAAUGGGUCAUUCCUGGCUUUGCCUCUUCAGGAUGCAUCUAUGAGGAUCUUUGGGGUCUUGGCUGUUGACACCUUACGAGAUCCCCAGAAAAUAAACAUCUUCUUACCCCAUGAGAUAAGAUUCUAUCAGGGUGUUGCCAAUGUCUUUAGUGCUGCCUAUCACUACGUCCGCAGCAGGGAGCACAUCCUCCAUAUUAUAAUCACCGGCAUCGGCUGGCUCUACAACAUCAUCACAUCCAGCAUCACUGCCAUCACUACAUAUUUCAUUGAGCCUGGCCUAGAGCAGGAUUCAGACUAUGUUUUACGCAAUAUGAUGGUCACGGGGCACCUGGGUCUAACAGAAAUCCACAAAAAUCCCCCUACCAUCUUUCGGAAGACGUGCAUCUUCAGAGAUUUCCUCUAUAAGUGUACCGACAGUUCAGAGGUUGUUUUGGCCUCUGUCUGUGGAGAAAACCACAUAGUAGUUCCACUUCGUGAGAGGACAGGAGAAGCUUUGGGAGUUCUCGAUGUCAACAUUGGCAGGAGUAAGAUGUUGUUUUAUCGAGAAUUUAAAGAUCUGCAGAAAAUGAUAAAGGUGAUCCAAGUUGCCUGCAAUGAAAUACUGGGCGAAUUAUCUGGAGAAAUAAAGAAAAACUACAUCUUAGAGAUUGAAAAUGUGGGAGAGGUUCAGCGGGCAGGUAUUCUCUUCUUCCGGGUCAUGCUGCAAGAGCUACAGGGGUGCCUCCGACUGCUUACCUCCGUGGACUUUGUGUCGCUGCUGCUCUAUGAUUAUAAUCCUCUGGCAGAGCCAAAAUCUCCACCAGACAGCAAGUCUAAGGAGUUGGAAGCCAACAUAAAACUAGUACAAGACAUCCUGAAAGCGAUUAUCUUGUUCUUCCAUCCAGAAUUGGAAUUAUCAAGUGACUUAAGAAAUUGGGAUAAAUGUAAACUGUACAUUAACAGAUACCUCGUUGAGAAUAUUUGUGACUUUGAUCCAACUGCUAGGAAUCUGAAAGUUAAUUUAAAGCUCAUUGAUGACUAUAUCGGAGGUCAUUCUCGAACUGAAGUGUGGGAAUUUGGUAAUAUUGCCAUUGAAUACUUAUACCACUGGGCAUACGUCUGUUUAGCUCUCAUGAAGCUAAACCAAAAAAUAAAUAGUGCUAUUUCACCCCCAUUGCCAUCUAAGACCGACUCCUAUAUGUAUGCAAAAAUGCCGGGAAAAGCUUGCUAGGGAAAUGCUAAUGGAAUUGCUACUGUACUUAUGGUAUUUUUGUCAUGUUCAGUUUUGUUAAUCAUAAAAUAAAAUAUCUUCCAUGGAAAGGGAGUGCCAUUCUGCUCCUAGACAUUUACCUCAGCACUUUCUAAAACCAAAAGUGCUACCUAAGGAGAAAUCUGAUCAAAAAAUAUUUAGUUAAGGUAGCCAUGACCAAAUGUAUGUUGUAGAAUAUAUUUUAUAAAGUUUCCUUUUAGUUUCAGCUUUGUAUCUACCAUGGAAUCAUUAGGGUUACUCGGGUAGAAUUAUUCUUUAAGGAGUGAAGAAAAGACUGAGGAUUUAGAAAAAAAUGGCAGUUUUUACAUCAAAAGAGCACUAAGUAAUAAAGAUUUUAAGAAAUGGACUGGGAAUGGUUUUUCUAAUUUUUCAAAGACUUGUAGAAACCCUUCUGGGAAAAUAUACAUCCAUGACUCAUGGAAAAAAAAGAAAACUACUUUUUUAAAAAUAAAAUCCUCUCAAGUUCAAGAACUGCAAAAAAGAAUUUGUACUUAUUUAAAGCUUGUUAUUACAGUAAACUACUGCUCUUGUUGUGAGAUUUCAUCUUGGCAAUAAGAUAUCUGAUGACAGUGUCCAUUUUUAAUAAAAUUUUGGGAAAUUAAACUUCAUUUUCUUUAUUUGGUUGGCAAAAUGCGAUGUGUUCCAA